GGAGGCCGGGCGCGGGGCAGGGCCCGGCUGUGCCUCGCGGGCCGCUGGGGCAGCUCAGGGGCCGCAGCUCUCCCUGGAGCAGAGAGCAUUUGCCCUGAGGGUCCGACACAUCGCAGGCGCCACCGGAUCGCUGGCCAUGAGGACCCUGUGGAUGGCGCUGUGCGCGCUGGCGCAUCUGUGGCCCGGGGCCCUAGCUGGCUGCGCCGAGGCGGGGCGCUGUUGCCCUGGUCGGGACCCCGCCUGUUUCGCCCGCGGCUGGAGGCUGGACAGGGUCUAUGGGACCUGCUUCUGCGACCAAGCUUGCCGCCUCACGGGGGACUGCUGCUUCGACUACGCCAGGGCGUGCCCAGCUCGCCCGUGCUUCGUGGGGGAGUGGAGCCCCUGGAGUGGCUGCGCGGACCAGUGCAAGCCGACCAUCCGCGUGCGCAGGCGCUCGGUGCGCCAGGAGCCCCAGAACGGAGGGGCGCCCUGCCCGCCCCUGGAGGAGAGAGCCGGCUGCCUGGAGUACGCCACGCGGCAGGGGCAGGACUGCGCGCACGCCUUCGUCCCUGCCUUCAUAACUACCUCUGCCUUCAACAAGGAGAGAACAAGACAAGCUGCGUCUCCACAGUGGUCUACGCACACAGAGGAUGCCGGAUACUGUAUGGAGUUCAAGACAGAGUCCCUGACUCCUCACUGUGCUCUGGAGAACCGGCCCCUGACGCGGUGGAUGCAGUAUCUCCGAGAGGGAUACACCGUGUGUGUGGACUGUCAGCCCCCCGCCAUGAAUUCUGUGAGCCUUCGUUGUUCUGGAGAUGGCCUGGACUCUGACGGAAAUCAGACUCUUCACUGGCAAGCAAUCGGCAAUCCUCGAUGUCAAGGAACUUGGAAAAAAGUCCGGCGAGUAGACCACUGUUCUUGUCCAGCAGUUCACAGUUUCAUUUUUAUAUAGAUCAUCAUGUAACUGUUUCAAGAUGUGUUUGUAAGCAUGCUGAAUAUUGUUAGGUUGUGUGUAACACUUCAUAAACUCUAAAAACUGUUGGACCCAAGUUCCUGAACACAUCAUUGCCAUCCACUGAAAUAUAGAAAAAAAAAAUUAGAGGCUAAUUCUUAAGGAACAUUCUCAAGGAAUGUCUAUAUUUCUUACUUUUAUAAGUUGAGGACUUAGAAAAGCUCCUGAGUUUUAUGUCCUUGACCUUCCAUCCAGUCACAAAAUAUGUGUUGGUUUGCACUAGAAUUACUAUCCCAUGCUCCACUUUGGGGGAAGUUAUUAUUUAAGGGUAACUACACUUUGACUUGCAUCCUUUUCUCUCUAUUAUGUAUCUCUUGAAAGUUCCUCACUUUAAAAAAAUAAUGUUAUAGAGCUGGGCACUGUGACACAGGUCUGAAAUCUUAGCAAUUUAGGGAGCUAAGGCAGGAGGGCUGCAAGUUUGAAGCCAGCCUCAGAAAUUUGGCAAGACCCUGUCUCCAAAUAAAAAGGUCUAGGAAUGUAGCUCAGUGGUAGAACACCCCUGAGAUCAAUUUCCCAUAUCUAUCCCCCUCCAAAAAAAAAAAAAUCACACAUAUUUCCCAUACAAUAUUCCAUAAAUCCUGAAUCAAUAAUUUCAAGCAAAUUAUCCCCAAUAUUUUCCACAGGGCAAGUUGUUUAAAAUUUCAGUGAGCAUUUUGCAAUGAAAAGCCAACCAGCUAUGCUAAAAAUAUUGGGGGCGGGGGUACUGGGGAUUAAAUUCAGGGGCACUUGACCACUGAGCCACAUCUCCAGCCCUAUUUUGUAUUUUAUUUAGAGACAGGGAGGGUCUCACUGAGUUGCUUGGCAACUCGCUUUUGCUGAGGCUGGCUUUGGACUUGGAAUCUUCCUGCCUCAGCCUCCUGAGCCACCAGGAUUACAGACGUAUACCACCUCACCUGGCUGUAAAAAUAUUUUGAAGAAGACAUUUUCUUCAGUUAAUUGGAAAGAUUAGUGAAAUGCCCAUUCUAGGCCAAUAGGAAUUCUUUUAAAUGUUAUAAUUUUCAUGAAGAGAAAUUUUGGUGCCAACGAACGAAACAAUUUCUUUCAUUAUGAAAAAUUCUACCACUAUUUGCAUCUAACAUUAUUUCCAAAGCUUAAAGCCUGAAGUUGAAUGGAAUACUCUUUCAGAGUCCAACAAGUUUAGUUGAAGUGUGUGUACUACUCUUUUUCUGCAGCAUGCAUUUUCUUAUGUCUGGGGUAGAAGGCAGAGGAAGAGGCAUGGAUUUCACUGCGAAUGCUGUGAUCUCUCCUACUGACAUCUCCUGAUGUCAGUCUCCUUACUCUAGCAGGAGAUCAUUGAACUCAAGGCAACUUGGUGAGCUAAAGGGUCUGGGACGACAAGUCAUUCUGCAGACAGCCAUGGAGCCUAGACCCGGCUCCUCACUGGUGCUCAGCUUCAGUAAUAAGCUGACUAUGCCAAAUAUUUCAGUUUUAUAUUUAGGCUUUAUAUUCAGAAUAUUUCCUUUGAAGGCUUGACUCUUGAGAUUUAAAUCAUAUAAAAUUCCUCUGAUUUCAAUGUUAUUAUAUAGUUAUUUACUAAUAAACAGUUUGCUAAAAUAAA